CAAAGUAAAUUUUAGUAUCUCUUACGACAAACGAGUAAUUGGCAUUCUUCACACUAAUGGCGCACCCUGUAUAAUUUUCUUAAAAAUAUUUCAUUGUCUCAUUUCCUUGUAUAUCUACAAUAAACUGAAGAUAUGAUAUUAUCACCUAAUGGCUGCCGGGACUUUCCACAGUAAGCUGCAAUUAUUGUGUUUUCAGUGUUUGUGUGUACAUCUAUCUUUACAGUAAAUAAUUUGUUAUCAAUAUCUAUAGAGUUAGUAUAAUAGUGACCAUGGCAAGUUUAAGGAAGUGGCUUUUCCUGUACUUUAUGACCUACUUUUUUGUUAUUGAAAUUAUGUGUACAGAGGACUGUACGGAACACUACAACAAAACAAUUACCGUGUUAGAACCGGCUCAUUACGAUCGCACUGAUAGAUGGAAUAUAGAGUAUAUUCCUGAGAAAAAUGAGGAAAUUGUCACCGGAGUGGACAUAACCUGCAAAAAUGUCAAAUUACCUUUACAUUAUAUCGUGAAAGAUUCAUGUAAUGACUGCAAACAAACACUUACAAUUUUGUCGUCAAAUCUAUCCGAAAUACCCCCAUCAUCUUUUGUAAAUACCAAAACUAUAUCCAAACUUAUAUUAAACAAUUUAAAUAUUUUUAAGCUUUCUCCUGGUGCUUUUGUUCAACGGUCAUUAGUUGAAAUUUAUUUGUCAAAUAAUAGUUUAUCUGAGAUUGGCUUAGGUGUUUUUAAUUCGUUGGAUAAUCUAGAAAUUCUCGAUUUAUCUCUAAAUCAAAUAACAAAAUUAGAAACCCAGUGUUUUAGUGGAAUGACAAAUUUAAAAUCGCUAAAUUUGUCACACAAUAAUUUAUUGACAUUUUCCAAUAACAUUUUUGAUCCCAAUAUUCACCGGAUGGAUGCAUUACAUUUAGAUUUUAACCGAAUAAAACACUUAUUAAUAGAUAUAAAAAUUAAGAUAAAUAGUCUAUUUUUAAAUAAUAAUCAGUUGAAUGAAUUAAACUUUUGUCCACAUCUAUUUACCACCGUUUGUUUAAAAAACAACCAUUUAAAAAAACUUUCCUCAACUUUUUGUACCUCAAAAGGUAAUGAGUUAUCUUCUUUUGAUGUCAGUUAUAAUAAUAUUAGUAGCAUAGAUGAUUUUUACUUCAGAGAAGCCUUUGAGAUGAAAUCAUUAAACUUAAACAAUAAUAAUCUAAGUUCACUGUCACCGGGAGUGUUCUAUAAUAUGUCAAAUUUACAAUACCUAAAUAUUUCAUACAAUAAUCUAAAUGACUUUAAGUUCGGUACAUUCGAUACCUUAAAAUCUUUAGGUAUUCUAGAUCUUUCAAAUAACAAUUUUGAUUCCAUAAGUACUUCUCUACAUUCUUUGAAGAACAUACACCAAUUCUACAUACAAAAUAAUCAUGUUCAAAAUAUAAAUCCCGAUCAACUUAAAACAUAUUUUCCACAAUUAAAGAAAAUAUUUUUUGAUAAUAAUUAUCUAUCUUGUGACAAUAUUGUUAAUAUUGUUAGACAGCUAAAUUCUUCUGUUGUAAUGUUACACAAUAAUUUACGAAAUAGUACCAACGUCCAUGGAAUUUCUUGUUUAGAUAAACCAGAGGUGCCUCUCGUACCAAAACACUUUAAUAAAACGGACAAUGAGACUCUGAAAGAUUAUUUCGACGAAAUAAAAAACAGUAGUUUAUACCAGAUUCUUCAACAAAUCUAUUCUUCAGAAAAAGCAAAAAAUGUCGGGCAUUCAAAAAACUUAAGUUCAGAUAAAUUAUUAACUGACAAAUAUUUAGAAGAUAAUAUAAAAAAUAACCGAAACUUCACUAAUUAUUUUAGGGAAUUUAUAGAAAAUCAGAAAAAAAUCGUUAACGUAGAUAAUCAAGUGAAUGCAAAAUUGUAUAAAUAUAUAGAUGAAUUAAGUCAUUCUCAGGAGACAAAGACAAAUAUUUUGGAUCCGGAAAAACUAGUGUACACUGAAACUAAUGGAUCUAACAAAAUUGUAAUAGUUCUUUCUAUUAAUACCGCAUUGUUAUGUUUGAUAGCUCUACUGAUUGGCUAUGUUUUAUAUAAAAAUAAUAAUUAUAGAGCAGUAAACAUAGCAGAACACCUAGAGCUCUCAGAUAAUUGAUCUGAAUGUGCUUUUGACGAUGUAGAGAUAUUGAGGACAUAUUUUUUGUGUUAUAUUGAUUAUAUUGUUAUGUUUAUUUUGUUUAUAUUGUUCUUUGUAGUAGUAUUAACACUUGCAUAGUUUUAAAUAAUUUUAUGUGUUGCUAUGUCUAUUGAAAUAGUUGAAAAACUGAUAAGUUUGUACACACUUGAAUGAAUAAAGGAAAUGAAAAUGUAGUAUGUCAAA